ACGGAUUGUGCUAAUCAUCUUCGUCUUCGUCUUCAUCAAUCGUCCUCAAAUUUCUCAUCAACCAGUAACCCUUCUCUGCCCUAAAUUCUCCCAAUCUAUAAUUGCACGCAUUUGAUCCAAGUCGAACCCACGCCUGCCUCCUGAUUCUUGACCAACAACGAAGAAAGAUGACCAGCAGCGGUAGUGAGGAGGAGAAGAACAGAGGAGUCGUCGUUGAUCACCAGCAUCAUCAGUACGGCACCUUUCAAGGAGUCGCCAAUUACCCUCCUACUCCUCCCGGUUAUCCCCCUCCUCGUCCGCCGCCCCACUACCACCACCAUCACCAGCAGCCGGCCAUCGGAUUUCCUCAGCCCGUUCCACCACAUGGCGUUCACGGGCCUUCCGUCCCUCCUCCCCAAUAUUAUGCUCAGGGUUAUCAGACCCAGACCGUCCAGGGCUAUGCUGUUGCUGAAGGAAGACCUGUUAGAGAACAUCGACUACCAUGCUGUGGCCUAGGUGUUGGAUGGCUCUUGUUUAUCAUUGGUUUCUUCCUUGCUGCCAUCCCUUGGUAUGUUGGGUUGUUUGUUCUACUUUGUGGAAGGAUAGACUACAGAGAGAAACCAGGAUACAUUGCUUGCACAAUUGCUGCUGCUAUUGCCACAGUUGUAAUUAUUCUUGGUGCAACAAAGGGAGCAGAUGAUUGGUAACCUUCUUGGAGAGUGUAGAUAAGUUGCAGCAUAUGGAUGUAUGAAGUGUCUUUCGAACUAGUAUUUCUAAAUGUCAAUUUUUUUGAAAAAAUUUGUGUUAAAGUAUAUAGGAUGCAUAUGAUGAAGCUGCAAACCUUAGAGAUGCUUUUCUAUUGGUAGUCCUGUAACUGCAAUGCACAUUUUAAAGUAUAUAGGAUGCAUAUGAUGAAGCUGCAAACCUUAGAGAUGCUUUUCUAUAGGUAGUCCUGUAACUGCAAUGCACAUUCUUAAGAAUAAAAUUUUAGUUUGAUUAUUACAAUGAGUUAAGAAUGUAUUUUUUUGUUUUGUUAUAUGCACAUUUUGCAGUAUGAUUUUUUUGGAAGAUGAUUUGAUGAGGAUGAAGAAGCAGAAAAGAGUGAUGAAGAAUUCAAUGAUGAUGGUGAUUGUUAUAAGGUUAGCAAAAAGCUUUAGGAUGCGUUUGCGAUUGUUAUGAAGUGUUAUGGUUGUAACUGUAAUUGUGACUGUAACUGUGCUGAACUGUAAUUAUAACUAAAAAUUAUUUUGAUGU